UCAUCUUCCGGUCUCUUAAAUUCCAAGGGACAUGGAUUAUGGAGCCAGCAAAUCUGCAGCAAGAAUCCUUUUAAUUCUGAAUCUGGUACUCUACCUCCUUGUCAUUAUAAUCUCUGGCUGGGCUAUCUAUCAUGGGAUUGAUAGAGGUCGUGAAACAGCUUCUUUCUUGUCAAGCCCCUCUCGGAUAUUUCCAAUAUACUUCCCGAUUGGCAACAAGGCUACCGGCUUCUUUGCAGUUUUCUCGCUCAUUGCAGGUCUUGUCGGCUUCAUCACCUCCCUCACGGGGGUCAGCCAUGUAAUUCAAUGGAACGCACCAAAUUUACAGGCAGCUGCAGCCUCUUCCUUGAUAACUUGGUCACUCACACUAUUGGCCAUGGGAUUGGCUUGGAAAGAGAUCCAUCUAGGGUCGACAGAUUCCAACUUGCGUGCCCUGGAGACUAUUAUGAUACUUGUGACCGGGACACAGUUGUUCUGCAUCGGGGCCAUCCACGCCGGCGUGGAAUAUGUCUAUGCAGUACCGUGAUCAGCAGCACAGGAAGAGUCUGAGCUUCAACUUGGAGCUGUUCUUGUAAGGGCUGGUGCUAUCCCUAAGAAGUCAUAGACUCUAAUAGAGAAUUUUUAAGCAUUAAAAGUAAAUCAUUUAUCAUAUAUUAUUUUAAGAAUAAUGCUAUU